AUGAGCCGCCAGUUGAACCUCUACCCCGGUGGGGAGCGCCUGGCCUUCAGCGGCUGCUCUGCCAUCAUCUCCAGCCGGGUCAGCAGCAGCACCGCCUCAUUCCGGGCCAGCGGCGUCAAGGGCACUGCCACCUUCGGCAGCAGGAGCCUCUUCAACUGCGGGGGCGGCCGGCGCCUGGCCCUGAGCUCCUCGGCCGGGCGGGGCAGCUCCACGCUGGGUCCCUGCGCAGCCACGGGUGGUGGCCGCCGGGGAGGCUUCGUGGGCACCGUCUUCGGCAGCGCGGGGCUAGGGCCCGCGUGUCCGUCCGUGUGCCCGCCGGGCGGCAUCCCUCAGGUCACCGUCAACAAAAGCCUCCUGUCCCCCCUCAACGUGGAGCUGGACCCAGAGAUCCAGAAAGUGCGCGCCCAGGAGCGGGAGCAGAUCAAGGCUCUGAACAACAAGUUCGCCUCCUUCAUUGACAAGGUGAGGUUCCUGGAGCAGCAGAACCAGGUGCUGGGGACCAAGUGGGAAUUGCUGCAGCAGCUGGACCUGAACAACUGUAAGAACAACCUGGAGCCCAUCCUCGAGGGCUACACUAGCAACCUGCGGAAGCAGCUGGAGACGCUGUCCGGGGACCGGGUGAGGCUGGACUCAGAGCUGAGGAGCAUGCGUGAUGUGGUGGAGGACUACAAGAAGAGGUACGAGGUGGAGAUUAACAGACGCACAGCUGCUGAGAAUGAGUUUGUGAUGCUCAAGAAGGACGUGGAUGCCGCCUACAUGAACAAGGUCGAGCUCCAGGCCAAAGUGGACUCCUUGACAGAUGAGAUCAAGUUCUUGAAGUGCCUCUAUGAAGGGGAGAUUGCUCAGAUGCAGUCCCACAUCAGUGACACAUCCGUCAUCCUGUCCAUGGACAACAACCGCGACCUAGACCUGGACAGCAUCAUCGCGCAGGUCCGCACCCAGUACGAGGAGAUCGCCCUGAAGAGCAAGGCCGAGGCCGAGGCGCUGUACCAGACCAAGAUCCAGGAGCUGCAAGCCACAGCGGGCCAGCACGGGGAUGACCUCAAACUCACCAAGGCUGAGAUCUCAGAUCUCAACCGGAUGAUCCAGAGGAUCCGCUCGGAGAUUGGGAACGUGAAGAAGCAGUGCUCCAACCUGGAGAUGGCUAUCGCUGAUGCUGAGCAGCGGGGUGACUGUGCCCUGAAGGACGCCCGGGCCAAGCUGGAUGAGCUGGAGGCCGCCCUGCUCCAGGCCAAGGAGGAGCUGGCCAGGAUGCUGCGUGAGUACCAGGAGCUGAUGAGCACCAAGCUGGCCCUGGACAUCGAGAUCGCCACCUACCGCAAGCUGCUGGAGGGCGAGGAGUGCAGGAUGUCUGGUGAAUAUCCAAAUUCCGUGAGCAUCUCCGUCAUCAGCAACACCAGCGCUGGGGCAGGAGGCACUGGCUUCAGCAUGGGCUUUGGUGCCUCGAGCAGUUACAGCUAUAAAUCCUCAGCGGUGGAUGUCAAAACCAAAGGCAGCUGUGGAGGCAGCGAGCUCAAGGAUGCUUCUGCCAAAACCUCAGGCAGUAGCUGUGCAACCAAAAAGGCCUCGAGAUGA